AUGGAGAAGUUCGAAGAGGCGAAGAGUCUUCUUUUCGAGGCAACAGCUUUAGACAAAGGGAACAAACCAAACGAUGCUUGGGUAAAAUACGUACAGGGGAUAGAAAUUUUGUUUGAAUAUUAUAGAGGUCUUCCUGCAGGACAGAUGAAAGAUGAUGUUAGAUCCAGGCUCGAUGCAUACAUGAAACGCACUGAAGAACUGAGAAAUAGUGUGAAAGUUGAGACAGUUUUCUUCGAGCAGAGAAAGAUAGCAGCCAACUCUACAGGACAUGGCUAUGACAAAAUCUUUUCUCGUUGUUUGGAUGACAAAUUGACGAGUGCCACAGUCUACGACCCUUACAUCAAAGCAAAUCAUCAAUUGUUGAAUUUUGUUCGAUUUUGUGAAUUAUUGGUAUCUAAAGCUAGGAACCUGCGAGUGAUUUGCCUGAUAACUAGCAACGACUGCAAAGCCAACAAAGCAGCCUUUGAUGAGUUGGGUGAGAGUUUGAAAAAGACGGGACAAGUCUUGCAACUUCGAUAUUCCGAUGAGAUUCAUGAUCGAGAAAUCAGAUUCGAUAAUGGCUGGGUAGUCAAAAUAGGAAGAGGCCUUGACUACUUCAAAUACGUCAGCCGAUAUUCUCUUGGCUCUUGCGAUAUGAACCUUCGUCCUUGUUUAGAAACUAUUGUGGAUAUUUAUAAGCAGAAAAGCUAA